AUGGGGCCUGCUGGCUUCCAUGGCUGCUCGUGGACAGUGAUCCUUCUCUCAGCCUUACUUCCGACCACAUGGAGCCCCCCAGCUGCUGCCCACUUCAUCCACCGUGCCGACCUGCUUAGCAACACCCAGAUGGAGAGAGCUCCACUGGCCACGCCCACCCUCACAGUCAAUCAGAACAUUGUCACAGAGCAGAGGGAAAUGGCAGUUUUCUACUGUAACACUAAUGAUGAUAACAUCACCAUCCACUGGGUCUCCAACAACUCUCUGCUUGUGUUGAAUGAGCGCAUGAAGCUGUCUGCAGAUAACAAGACCCUCACCAUCCUCAUUGUCCAGCGGGAGGACUCAGGGUCUUACCUGUGUGAAGUGCAGCAUGGCUUUGAGGUUCAGAGAAGUGACAUUGCCUCUCUGACAGUGAACUAUGGUCCUGACCCUGUAUCAAUCAAGCUGGACUCAGGAGUAGCUGCUGGGGAUGUGGUGGAGGUGAUGGAAGGCAACACUGUGAACUUCAGGGUGGAAGCACAGUCCUCCCCUAACCCUGUCUAUGCCUGGUAUCUCCCGAGCGACUUCAUCCAGCCCCCUAUCACAGGAACAUUCACAAUCUAUGCUGUGUCCAGGGAACAUGAGGGCAUGUACAGGUGCCUGGUGUCCAACCCUGUCACCAACUUGUCCCGCCUAGGUGUGGUCAAAGUCCAAGUGCUUGAAAAAGUGACUGCACCGAAUAUCGAGUUCCCAACCUUGGCCCUUGUGGAGAACGCCACCUCUGUGACGCUGACCUGCAAAACCAGCCACCAGAGGGUUGGUGUCCAUUGGUUUCUAAAGGGUCAGCCACUCAGGCCUAGUGAGCGCCUGACACUGUCAUCCCAAAACAGAACCUUGACCAUCCAUGGCCUUCAGAGAGAUGAUAUUGGGCCUUAUGAGUGUGAGGUGUGGAACUCGGGUAGCCAGGCACGCAGCGUCCCCCUGAAGCUCACCAUCAACUAUGGCCCCGACCGAGUGGAAAUCACCCAGGGGCCAGCGUCUGGAGUGGUCAGCACCAUUGAGGCAAUGCUCAACUCCAGCCUGACCCUGCAUUGCCGGGCUGAAUCCAUACCAGGUGCCAGGUAUCACUGGACCCAUGAACACUCCUCUAAGGUGCUUGAUGGGGAGCAGCUGAGCAUCAAGGCACUGAGGCAGGAGCAUCAGGGCAUUUACAGCUGUACAAGCUCCAAUGAUGUCACCGGCCUGGCCCGAUCUGCCUCUGUCCUGGUCAUGGUGGUAGGUCUCCAGUCAUCCUCUAUGUCUCCUGGAGCCAUCGCUGGCAUCGUUAUCGGGACCCUGGUUGCCAUUGCAUUGGUGAUAGGUCUGGGCUACUUCCUCUACAGCACAAAGGACAGAUGGACCCGCAGGAGAUCAGCCAGUGAUACAACGAGCUCUAAUACCAUACCACCCACCUCUGUGAUGCAGAGAACCCCGGAGUCCAGACACAGUUCUGUCUCUCAUAAGAAACCACCUUCCGCAGCUCCUGAGGGUCCCAGGAAGCCAUUGCCCCAAAUCCCAAAGCAGCCACUGAUGCCCCCAGGACCAGGCAGAAAUGAAGAGUCAAAUUAUGAGAAACUGCUGAAUUCAAACCAUAGUCUUUACUGCAAGAUCAACCCAUCAGCCUGA